AUGAAGAAAAUGUCACAUUUUGGUUCCGCUUCUAUAUCCGAGCCCAUAGACAUGUUUCGCUUCACUUUAGACUACCAAAUCAGCGCCUAUUUGUACGCGGAUUGUGUACAAAUGUGUCCUCGAAGAGUACUUGUAUGGGGCAUCUGCUGAGGUGUUUGGAUCAUAUUUGGCGUCUCGUGGAAAAAGUAAACGAAAGUGAACGCGUGACGUGGUCAAGUAAUUCCUCAAGCAGGGAGCUGAAUUACGUUAUGCCCUUACGUGCUCGAAUCCGACUUUGAUCAUCACCGCAAAAUAGGGGGAACAUGGGGAAGAAAAAAGCGAAGGACAGACGCUCCAACGAGGAUGAUGAGUUUGAAAUGACAGGUCCAGUUUGCAGGCACAUUAGGAAAGGCACAGACAAAACUGUUCUCAAGAAGGUCUCUGGUGUUUUUGAUUGGACAAGUUGCCAGGACUGUCAAAAUGAGGAGCCAAAAAAAGGGAUCAGAAUCAAAGACCCUUCGGUGGACUCCGAGGAGGAAAAGGACUCGGUGGAUGUGUGGAUGUGCAUGAAAUGUGGCCACAGAGGAUGUGGCCGAAGCUCCAAGAACAAGCAUGCCAUCAAACACUACGAGACGCCAAGGUCUGACACGCAUUGCCUGGUGAUCAGCUUGGACAGCUGGAGUGUCUGGUGCUACGCGUGUGACGAUGAGGUGCGGUACUCUGGGAGCAGUCAGCUGGCUCAGCUGGUGAACAACAUUCAAAAGAUGACUCAGCUGGAGCAUGCACAGAAAGCACAGAAAAACGACGUGGUUGAGGUGCGACCCAAAAGCGUGACGUUCAAAACCGAAGAAGAUGAAGACAAGGAGAACAUCAGGGCCCAGAGUUGCGAGAGAAAGAUCACCAAGAAAGUAGCUGUGUGCAAGUUGCCAGACUCCACCAUGGAAAAAAACUGCGGAGUUCCCGUCCGCGGGCUAAGCAACUUGGGAAAUACUUGCUUCUUCAACGCCGUCAUCCAGAACCUCUCUCAGACGCAGAUGCUAAGACAGACACUUAACAAGGUGAUCGAAGACGAGAGCAGACUCCGGGUCAAACCAGAUUCCUCCUCCAAAUUGAGGCCCGUUGUGGCGGAACUGGAUCCGCCCGGAUCGCUAACCAUGGCGAUGAAUCAGCUCCUCAACGAAAUCCAAGAGUCCAAGAAGGGGGUGGUGACGCCACAGGAGCUGUUUGCGCAAGUUUGUAAAAAGGCGGCCAGGUUCAAAGGAUUUCAGCAGCAGGACAGCCAGGAGCUGCUGCGCUACCUGCUCGACGGGAUGAGGGCAGAGGAGAGCAAAAGAGUGAGCUCCGCCAUCACCGAGGCACUUAAACGUUCGGGAAAAGUCACAGAUGGAGACGAGCUCAAAUCCGUCGUUAAAGAGUAUGAGAAAAACGGGCUGCCCAAGAAUUUUGUGGACCAGGUGUUUGGCGGCGAGACGACCAGCACCAUCAUGUGUCAAAAGUGUCAAACGGUGUCGGUGGUCACCGAGAUGUUUUUGGACCUUUCGCUUCCGGUUUCUGAUCAGGCGUACAGGAAGAGGAGCCAGAAAACAACGGCACGCAAAAGCAGCGGCACCAGCGAGGACGGCCGGGAAAGUCAGAGCGAAGAUGUCGUCUGCGCAGGCAGCAAGUACCAGCAGAAGAAAGUCAAGAAGCAGGCCAAGAAACAAGCCAAGCAAGAAAAGCGGCAGCAGAAGCUGGGCAGCCGACUCAGUUUCAACAGUUUGGCAUCUCUGGACGAAGCAACGGACGACGACGACGAUUGCGCGCAGCAAACAAAGCUGCCCGGACACAAGGCCAACGCCCUCGACCCGACCCGCAAAGGCGACCCCGUCAACAACUCCCAGUCCAAAGCGGCUCGCGUAGGCGCCUUCGCGGCGGCGGCGCAGCGCACCGGUGACGCUGCCGUGGCCGCCGCCGCCGACGACUCCCUGGCGGACAUGAUGAGGAAGAUCGACCUGAACGACGCCUUCGUCGAGCCGGAGAGCGAGGACGACGCCUUGCUGGAAAAGGCCAAGGAGUACACGGUGGUCAACCAGGACCCGGAACUGGCCUUCCAGACUUUGGCCCACAGGGCUUCGCCCGACAAGCAAGAGUGCUCGGUGGAGUCGUGUCUCUUCCACUUCACGGAGGAGGAGACCCUCAGCGAGAACAACAGUCUGCUCUGCAUCAGCUGCACAAAAUGGCAGGCCGGCAAGAACAAAAGUGCAGGAGCCAAGAAGAACGUCUACACGGAGGCUUCGAAGCAAAUGCUCAUUUCCUCUCCACCACCGGUACUCACUCUUCACCUGAAGAGAUUUCAGCAGAACGGUUACAGUAUUUGUAAAGUGAACCGACAUGUGCCCUUCCCUCUGAUCCUGGAUCUCGCCCCUUUUUGUGCCCUCAAGAGUAAGAAUGUGGCAGAAGGCGAACGACAGAUUCUGUACAGCCUGUACGGCAUUGUGGAGCACAGCGGAACCAUGAGGUCCGGUCACUACACGGCCUUUGUGAAAGUUCGACCCCAGAACUCCAAUCCGUCCUCCGGCAAACUCGAGGGAGAUCCACCUCUCGGAUCGUGGUUCCACAUCAGCGACACCAGCGUGCAGCCCGUGAGCGAGAGCAGAGUGCUGAGUAGUCAAGCCUACCUCCUGUUCUAUGAGAGGGUCCACUAACAAUCAUCAAAUGUGUGCCUCUGUAUACCUUCUGCUGUGUCACUCACAUGGUGACUUCUCAGAGGGCAUUUAGCGCUGCUGACAUUUUACAGCUGUUCUGUUUCUCAGACUCAUGGGAACAUGUCAAGGUGUGCAAACAUGCGGUCCAGUUGUGGAGAAAGAAAAAGAAAUGUACACAAACUCAUCAUUUCAUACAGGGGACGACGGGG